GCUGUCAAAGGCGCUGCAGGUGGAGGUGGCGACGGGAGGGACCAGAGAGGAAGGAAAUCGCGUGUGUACGUUGGUUUCUGAGGUGUCAUACUCAGGUCGAGUAUUAGCUGAGCCUCGAGACUGCGAGGGAAUAGUCUAGGAGUGCCGAGAGGGACGAGCACAAAAUGAGCAAUAACCACAGAAGACAAAACAGCCGUGGCCGGUCGACAGUCUUAAAGGUUGUGAUCCUAGGCGACGGAGGCGUUGGGAAAUCCUGCCUCAUGAACCGUUUCGUGACGGACCGUUUCGACGAGCACUCCUUCCAUACCAUCGGCGUGGAAUUUCUCAACAAGGAAAUUGAAUUGUCGGGUGAAACCUACACACUGCAGAUUUGGGACACGGCAGGCCAGGAAAGAUUCAAGAGCCUGCGCACCCCAUUCUACCGUGGCUCAGACAUGUGUUUGCUCACGUUCGCAAUAGAUGACCAUUCAAGUUUUAAGAACCUGGAGACAUGGAGGAAGGAGUUUGUGUACUAUGCCGACGUGAAAGCAGAUUUUCCUUUUCUUGUGGUUGGGAACAAGGUGGAUCUUGAACGCAAAGUAACUACAGAAGAAGCAGAAGCCUGGUGUAAGGAAAAUGGAGAUCUUCCAUAUAUUGAAACUUCAGCAAAAGAUGCAACAAAUGUAGAAACUGCCUUUAUGAUGUGCUUAAGACGAUGGGCUAACAUAGACGGCCGGCAGGAGAGAAUGCCAAUGCCAGAUACAGUUCAGCUAGAUGGAGAUGGCACUCAUCACCGUCUCUGUGCAUGUUCAUCAUAAGCUAGAGGUUAAGAGUACAAGGUAUGAAAGCUUUGGAAGAUCAAGAGAGAAGCGUAAUGUAAGGAGCGUAUUUUUCCUUUUCCUUUUUAUUUUUUUUUAUUUUUAAUAUUCCUCUCGUUGUUGCAGCUGUCAGCAAAAUUGUAAAUCUAAGUCAGAAGGUCUUGAUAAAUGUUUGUGAUAUUUCUAUUCGUUAACAAUUGAUUGCCAAAGUUGUUCUUGGAAUUGUUUGAUUGUUCGAGUAUAAGAUGACAGGGUCAUUAAUGAAUAAGGAUUUUUUAGAUAAGAUACCAUGUGGAUGUGUCACUCAAAUUAUUGUGUCAGAACUUGAUAUUUUUAUAUUUUGAUGCAUUCUUUGCGACUGAUUUUUUGUAGAUUGUGAAUGAAAUUGUGUGGUCAGAGAGUUAAUUUCCAUUGUAUGCUUAUUGUCUGAUGCAUUUUUAUUUAUAGAAAAUGGCUUCACACUUUUAUCUGGCAUCAGUCACUUACUUGAAAUUGUAUCGUUGGUAGAAUCUUUUCAGGUCUGUUUUGAUGGUAAGGGCCAUACAUUGUAUUCUUGAAACCUAAAUAACUUAUCUGCUUUAAAGUUAUCUUUUAUUGGUAGUAGUUUUAAUCUUUAUAUGCAUUCGUAUGCUAAUGGUUUAUCACAGCAUACUUAGAAAGAAUAGAUACUUAUACCUUUUAUCAGAAUUCGCAAAUUAAUUAUUUUUUAAGGCUCUUCUUUGCGUGUGCUUGUGUGUGCCUGAAGGUUUGCCAGUGCAUGUGUUCGAACAUAAAUGUACAAGUAUGUAUGCAUGUAUAUAUUGAAAUCUGUUUCUUGAUCAGAAUCGUUAUAAUUCUAUGCUGGAUAUCAAUUCUCGCCAUAUAUGAUGAUUUUCAUUCUCUUUUUCUUUCUUUCUGUCUUUCUUUCUUUCUCAAAUAUGAAGUUUUAGAUCAACUUUGGUAGCUCAACCAUUGUGGGAUCUCAGAGAUUCACGCUAGCAGGAAAAAUAAUAUUCACUCGUGGGGAUGUAGUCUUAAGAUAUGGUGUGUAAUUUCCUUUGCUUAAAGCCUGUGAUUACUUACCAAACUUGCCCUUCUUCACAUGAAAUGUGUUUAUGACCAUGUAAUGUUUUUAUGCUUCAUUUCAUUCAAAUUGCUGUAAUUUUCAUGGAACAACAAAGGUAUCAUUUAUAGUUCUUAAUACCAAUGUAAAAAAAUUGGAUCUCAUAAAAUUCCACAAAGUAAAGAAGUUUCCAAUGUAAUGGAGGAAGGAGACAUCUGAAAGAAUAAUCUCCAUGUAGAUAUAUAAAACUACACACAGAAUAUAACAAUGAGAAUAAUUUUUUAGCAAAAAAUCUUCACAGGAUUUUUGUUUAUAAUUAUACAUGUAAGAACUGAAGAUUUAUUUUUCUCUCUCUCUUUUUUUCUCUUUCUUUUUGUGGUUGUUAUGAAGCAAGAAUGGUCUUGAUGUCAUAUAUCAGGGUCCCCUGGUUGGAAUUGAGUGAUAUAGUUGGCCCUGAGGAUUGGUCACCUCAGAGAAAUCACCAAGUUAAGCCACAACAAGUAGUAGUAUUUGAGAAGCAGGGCAAUUUGGUUAAUAUGAGCAGCUGUUCAAACCUACCUAACCAAUUUUUUUGCUCACCUCUCUACCAAUUUUCUUUUGUAGUUGAUUCAUGCUCAUCCAUUCCGGCUUUCUUUCCGUCUUAGAAUGUGUUUAAUCAGCUUGCAGUGAUAGAAUCCAUGGUCAGAAAAAACACCCGAGAAACUGUAUGUCCCUUGAACAUUUUCAGCUUCUUUAGCACGUGUUCAUGUACAUCAUUUAUAGUCUUAUUUUCUGGCAGGAAACAAGAGCGAGUCAAGUUAGCUGGUACAUGAUGUCACUUUGGUAAGAGAUGAUUUCAAUUCAAAUGAUUUACUUAGACAAUCAUAGACUAAGAUCAACUAAACUAUGUUACUGAAUAUAAUCCUUCAAGGUUCUCUGAAAUUAAGAAUGGCCCAGAUAUUUCAGCGCAGGGUGAUUGUUCCCAAAGAGUGAGUAAUGUUUGAUUGACUGCAAAGGUAAAGUUAACAUUAGCUGUCUUCUUUUUAUUGCUUAGAAUCAGAAGAAUUGAAACAUAUUUAGAAUGCAUUGUAAGCAAACAAGGUCAUUCUCAUUGCUGGGUGUUGAUAGUUAAGCAUAUUCACUCGACCAGUCCACAAGAAAGAAAAAAAAUUGUGGGAAAACAUGUUGGAGAUAUUAGAAAUGAAGUAACGUCCACUUGCGUCCCUGAAUUUACUUCAGAUUCUUCUUACGUAUAGAAUUUCUGGUAUGACUAAUGUCUAUUGUUUUCUUUUAGAAUUGGUAGUAGAUCGUUUAAAUAAAUUUGGUUUGAUAUCUUAUUCUCUGUGAUUUUUGUUAAAAGGAAAAAAUAUAUACAUACUAUGUAAACACAUAUACACACAUAUAUGUGUGUGUGUGUGUGUGUGU